UCUGAAACUCUGCCAGAGCUCCAUCUAUCUCAGCAUCCAUCCAGACUCUCUAAACCCAGGACCAAAACGGACACAAGUCAGACAUGGACCAGGCCAAGGCUCCCUCCGACACCAUGGUGCUGGCGUUUAAAGAAGACGCCGCACUGACCGAGAUGAUGCGUCUUCGCGUGUCGUCUUUGCAGCGGUCGGGGCUGAAGCGUCAGGAUGGCGAGCGUCUGCUUCUUCCCCACGAGGCCGUGUAUCGGCUGGACUUCCACAUCCAGGAGCUGGAUUUCUCCCGCUGGUACUUCUCCCUCUCUGGCCACGGCCGCGUCACCAUCACUGGCAUUUCCCAGCACUGGACCCCCGACCUCACCCACCUGAUGACCCGUCAGCUGCUGGAACCGAUCGGAACGUUCUGGCGUAACGCCGACGACCCGGAGGAUUUGCCGCUCAAAUGCCUGGAGGCGGACAUGCAGGAGUUCGGCGAAAGGAUCGCUGAGCAGGCCAAGGUCAGGAAGGUCAUGUAUUUUCUGUUUGCCUUCAAGGACGGGGCAGCGGCAGCAAAUCUCAGCUGCUCGGUGGAGUUCACACCAGAAAUAUGACUUUCACUUUUGCCGGUACAAACCUCUGUUAGAAUUCUGAGAAAUCACUGCAAUAUUUUGUUCAUCGAACUUUGACCUUUAAAAUCCACAACACUAGAGCAGCGAUCACUUCAGUUUCAAUAUGCUCCCUCCAACACUGAGUUUUGUACUGUAACGAGACAACACAUUAAGCAAAGAGCAACGUAAAGAAAAUAUUUUUCACAAAAACAAAAAACAUAUUUAGUAAAAAUAAAAAAAAUAUAUAAUAGAAGAUGUAAAACAAGAUUGAAUGCAAUUUACUUAAAACUUAACAUGAAACAAAUUCUCUUCAACACUUGCACAUUUCCUGGUGCUUUUGAUGAUCAACGUAUCAUAAAUCAUCAAUAUGAAAAUAUCUUAAAAUUCAUAUAGAAACAUUUCAAUAGACAUUGAUAUUUAAUGAUGAUGUUGAUGCCUCAUACUCAAUUACUGAAACUCUAGAUUUUUUUUUCAACAUAUAAGCGUUAAAAUAAAACAUGUUGUAAAUAAAACAUGCCUUUACUGAUCGGCUGAAUAUAUGUGUAAAUUAUUACUUGUUUGUACUGUUGUACUGUUUUUGUUGUUUUUUGGUUUUUUAACUCACAAAAUUGAAAACCAGAAACAAAACAAGCGGAUGGCAGUGGAUGGAAAUAUCAAAUAUUCACAUUGCAUGACUUUCAGCCUGACACAAAAACGGAGAUCAAUGGAGUGACAUCUAUUAAAUAUCGACUGAAAGCCG